AUGUCCCUGCAGACAAAGCGGGCCUUCCUGGGGGAUGUCAACCCCGGGAGGGAGUACAAAGAGCCUCGCAUAUAUCAGGAGCCGCGGCAUGAGGAGCCUUCCAGUGCCGGAGAGGCGUUCCUGGAUGCGCGCGGCGGCGACCAUGACGACUGCGCCACCCUCCAGCAGCUGGUCGACAGGGCCAUUGAGACAGAGGCCAACACAGGGCCAGCGCAGCCGGCAGAGACGUACGGGCCCGGCGGCAGCUGCAGCGGCGGCGGCGGCGGCGGCAGCGCUGCGGCAGCGGGGCCCUCGGCUGCACGUGAUGCGGGCGGGGGAGCAGCGGCAGAGGACGAUGACUACGACCCCCUGGAGGCCUUCAUGUCAGAGAUCCAUGAGGAGGUGGCGGCCAACAAGCCAGCGCCCCCGGGGGCGCGCCCAGAUGCGGCGCUGGCGUGCGACGACGAGGCGGACCCUGCCGCAGAAUACAUGGCGGUGCGCCAAGCGGCGGGCGGCCUCAGCGCCGCGCAGGCCAUCGCGGCCGACGUGGCGGCGGCCGGGUACGACUCAGACGAGGAGGUGUAUGCCACCGCCAAGGCGCUCCAGGACCAGGGGGGCGGUGGCGGCGACGACGAGGUGCGGCCCUGUGACGCUGGCAUUGGCGCAGGGAUUUGA